AUGGCUCCCAAUGCUGAGGCAUUGGGUCCUGCUGUUACAGAAGGAUGGCUUGCUGCUGAUGCUGCAGAGGAGCAGCAGCGGGGGCAGCAGCAGCAGCAGCAAAAGAAGAAGGAGCUGCAGCAGCUAAAAGAGAGCGAAGAAAAGCUGCAGAUGUGUGUUGUGCUGCUGCUGCAGAAGCAGAAGCAGCAGCCACGCAUGCUGCCAUUAGCAGAAAUAACUUUGUUGCUGCUGCAGCAGCAGCAACAACUUGUUGCUUCUGCGCUGCUGCUGCUGCGCCGCAGCAUGCAGGAUAUACUCAGCAGCAGCAGCAGAUUGUUUGUAGGCACAAAGAAGGAGUGUGAUGAUCGUAUUAAGUUCCUGCAGCAGCAGCUGCUGCUGCUGCAGCAACAGCAGCAGCAGCAUCAGCAGCAGCAGCAGCAGCAGCAGCAGCAAAAAGAGGAAGACAUAGAUUGGGACCAAGUAGAAAUUCGUAACGAAGACCCACUCUGUUGGCCACAGAAGCCGCAGCAGCAGCAGCAGCAGCAGCAAAAGGAGCAACAGAAGCAGCAGCAACAGCAGCAGCAGCAGAAGGAAGAGGAGACAGAGGCAGACAGGGAGUUGUUUGUGCUGCUGCAGUCUCCACCACCUCAAGAGGUUGCCUCUGAUGAAGAAAUAUGGAGUGUUUUGCUGCGGCGUUCAUUCCCUAAAGCAACCCUCGUAAACCCUGAUGUGCUGCUGCAGCAGCAAGAGCAGCAGCAGCAAAAAGCAGCAAUAAGGGAGAAGCUAUUAGAUGCGAUUUUAACGAAUUUUCCUCCCAAUAAAAUAAUUGAAUUUGCUAAUCUAUACGUGUUUGCGAAUACUUUUAUCCGUCAUCAUCAGCAGCAGCAUCAGCAGCAGCAGCAGCAGCAGCAGCAGCAGCAGCAGCAGCAGCAGCAGCAAGAGCAGGACAAAUUAAGGAACAGCAGCAGCAGCAGCAGCAGCAGCAGAAAGAGGAACAGCAGCAACUGCAGCAGCAACAGGGAGAAAAACGACCUGAUAAUUGCAGAAAUUGGCCUUAUAACAGCAGCAGCAGCAACAGCAGCAGCAGCAGCAGCACGUCGUCGUGCAGCAGCAGCAGCAGCAGCAGCAGCAGCAGCAGGAAUCCUAGUAAUUUAA